AGAUAUCGAACAAACUCCGAAGCCGGUUGUGAAGAGACCCCUUCGCCCAACAUUCGAGAGCCCCGAACUCCUCGUGGACGACAUUCCGUCGACGAUGACUGCCCUAUCGACGACCUACAUCCGCAAAACCAGCGGUUGGGUAUCCGUCGACAUAUCGACCUGUGGGACUAA